AUGCCCAUACUUUGGGUCGCCUUCUCUUUUUUGGUACUUUACAUUGUCGAGCUCGCCUCUUCGGUUCAUCUCAGAGGUCGUAGUAUUGAUGCUAGAUUCCUGGAUUGUUAUGAUUAUAUCGUUGUUGGAGGUGGCAUUUCAGGCUUAGUUGUUGCAAACAGACUUACAGAAGAUCCGACUGUUAGUGUACUGAUUCUCGAAGCUGGCCAUCUUGACGAUUACGAGGAAAUCAUCCUUAACCCAAACGAUGACGGCGAUGGACUUGGAACGAACUACGAUUGGAAUCUCUGGACGGCUCCACAGACAUUUCUUGAUGGUCAAUCACGACCUUACGAUAUGGGUCGGGGAGUUGGAGGCGGAAGCUUGAUAAAUGGGUUGGAAGGACUUGCUCCCGUAUUUCAAGAAGACAAUGUUGAUGCCGAGUUCGGCCGGGAGCUAUACAUAAAAUCAGAACCAGAUACGCACGGCACCGACGGUUACGUCCAUGUGAGCUAUCCCAAGUUCUUCUACAAUCAAUCUCGUAUUGUGCUAGAAGGCUUGAGAGAACUCGGAAUCCCAAUUCUCACAUACCCAAAUAACGGAACUGCCGCGGGUGGUAUGCUAAUACCCAGCAGUAUUUCUCCUGAAAAUCAAACUCGAUCCGAUGCCCGUCUGGCUUAUUUUGAUAACAUUGUAAACUCGCGGCCCAACUUUCAUGUAGCCACAGGCAAACAUGUCUAUCGACUCAUACUUGAAACGCCACAGAGCAAUUCGCCGAGCGGUAACCCAGGAGACAUCGUGGUUAAAGGGGUAGAGUUCGUUCCUGAUGGUACACUUUCCAUUCUCAACGUUACAUGUUCGCGUGAAGUUAUUCUUGCAGCAGGAGCAGUGCAUACCCCUCAGAUUCUUGAACUUUCAGGUAUCGGAGAUGCCAAAGUCUUGGAAACCUUCGAUAUUCCGGUCAAGCUCAAUUUACCAGGUAUUGGAAAUAACUUUCAAGACCACCCUUACGUUGGUGUCGUUUACUAUGUCUCUAACUUGGCGUAUCUUACGAAAACGAUGAUCAAUAACAAUCCAAAUCUUCUUGCACAGGCGGAACAAGAAUACUAUGUGAACAAGACAGGGCCAUGGACUGCCGGAGCGAUAAACACGGUUGCAUUCCCAUCACUACUCUCCAUAUCCAAGAACGCAAUCAACAUGGUUCAAGAUGCUACAAGCCAGACUACUACGCAGUACCUCCUUCCGGAUCUUGAUCCGACUAUCCUAGCUGGCUAUGCUGCGCAGAAAGAAAUCCUAGUUUCUCUUCUGAAUCGAACAGACGUGGGGGCUUCCAUGCGGCAAUUAGCUCCAGUCCCUUAUUACCCCUUCCUUCAAGACGCUACCCCUGAAACCUUGAUUCCAGCGAUAUUCAGUGGUCUAAGAACCGAAUUCCACGGUACAGGCACAACUUCCAUGAUGCCUCUCGAACGUGGUGGUGUAGUAGAUACCCAUCUGCGAGUCUAUGGUACAAAGAACCUUCGCAUUGUGGACGCUGGAAUAUUUCCACUGGUUCCCGCAGCUCAUUUGCAAGCACCAGUCUAUGCGGUAGCAGAAAAAGCAGCGGACAUAAUCAAGGCCGAUAAUGCUGGUAUCGGAUCUAGAUCUUGCCCUUAUAAAUCAUCAUUCUCUAGGAUUUUCGCUCCCGAUUCCGGCAGUUCAUCCACUACCAGCUCGUCGAAAGAUUCUGAUUUAAGCCCUCCUAAGCCUAAUGUUGAGCCAUCCACUCAGAAUACUCCAAACGCAAAUGCCAAAAAUCCUAUCCUCGCAGUCUUAUCGCUGUUUUUAGGCGGUCUCCUAGUAAUGCCAACAGGAAAGGUACAUUUGGAAGUCCCAUCAAUCACUCACAUGGAAGCGACAAAAGCAGCCCGUAGUUUCGAGACCAAGUAUACGGAAUCUGCGUUAACGAAAGAUGUUGUUAUUCAGGUCGUCAAGGUUGCCCUUGCUGUGACGGAGGAGAAUGAUUCAAUUGGAUGA